GGUGUCUCAUCUCAGGACCCUAUUUAAGCCUUGUACUGCAGAGAACUUGAGAUGGAAGGAUUUCCCCAAGGCCAAACCAAUUAACCAACUACAAGAAAGGAUUCUACAGGUUUCUCUAUUGAUUCAAGGAUUAUCACACUGUCUGCCUGUACACUUUGUGAAACAUGGAUUCCUUGCCCAUCACCCUCACCUGCUGUUUGUGGAUCUUCGUAAAAGGUGUCCUGACGGCACAGCAAGCAUUCCGCGUGCAGCCGGAUAAUGUCACUGUGGUACAGGGGUCCACGGCGAUACUGCGCUGCGAGGUAGAACACGCCUCUGGCAUUGUGCAAUGGGUGAAAGAUGGACUUCUGCUUGGACCGGACCGGAACAUACCUGGAUUCCCUCGUUACAGUAUGACUGGGGAUCCCCAGAAAGGAGACUACAACCUGCGCAUCGAACGCUGUGAGCUGUCAGACGACACCGAGUAUCACUGUCAGGUUGGCAGGUCAGAGGUCAGCCAGGGGAUCAUCUCUAUCACAGCCUUUCUCAACGUCCUGAUCCCCCCUCAGGCACCCCAGUUCUUGGAACACGUCUCAGGCAGCACUGUGACCUGGGUUUUCGGGGUGGAAUACCCUGUAGGAUGCCGCACCCAAGAUGCCAAACCAGCAGCAACAAUAACCAUCACCAAAAGUGGGGUGGAAGUACUCUCAGAGUCGUCCAACAGUCCUGGGUCCAAAGACCAACUGGAAAACACAGAGAUCUCCGCAAAGGUGAUCCCUCAGGGCUCCGAUAAUGGGAAACUGCUGACUUGCUCAGCCCAAAAUCCAGCUCUUGCAGCCCCUCUCUCUGUGAGCUUCACCAUGAAUGUAUUGUUUCCUCCCAAUGUCCCCGUCAUUGAAGGCUAUAUUGGCCCUACAGUUAAAUCCGAGAUGACUUUAAAUUUGGUUUGUGUUUCUCAGAGUGGGAAUCCCUUGGCGACUUUGCAGUGGUUAAAGAACGAGGAGGUGCUGUCCACGCGGUGGGAUUCCGAUGUGCGUAUACAGUCAUCACGAAGUCCCCUCUCCCUCACCAUCAAGCCCGAGGACAACAUGGCUGUCGUGAGCUGCGAAGCUAUAAAUCACGUAACCCCAAUGGCGCUAAGAGCAAGUAUCACCCUCAACGUUUUGUUUCCUCCUACCGAUGUCACCAUCCUUGGAUCUACGUCUGUGAAGGAAAACGCAUCCUUGUCUUUGUCAUGUUUUACGACUCCUAGUAAUCCCCCUGCACAGAUCCGCUGGUGGCUGGGCUCUAAAGAACUUCCAGAGACCGUGGUCACUGUAAAUGAUGGAGCGUUUGGGGGGAAAGUGACCAUGUCGAAUAUUACGGAGUUGGCUUAUAAAGCACAGGACGGGAUGCAGUUAACGUGCGAGGCUUUCAACGAAGCCAUUCCAAAAACCAUCUCCAAAAUGAUCACACUUAGCGUGCAACAUCCUCCAGAGAAACUUUGGAUAGAUGCCCCUCCGUCUGACAAGCGUUUUCGGGCAGGCGCUACGGUGAAGCUGACCUGUUACUGCAGUGGUGGGAACCCAAAGCCUCAACUUACCUGGACCAAGGACAAUAGCAAUGUCCGUGAUGCAGUGGUGGUUCCUUCAGGGAAAAUAGUGUCUAAAGAGAUUACUAUCGUCACUGCUCCGAAUGACAAUCAAGCCGCGUAUCGCUGUGACGUUCGUUAUGACAGCAAAGUGGUGCUGAAAGAGGUGACGAAGUUACACGUGCAGUUCCCACCGAUAGACGUGAAAAUCACCAGCAAUGCCAAGGAGUUCAAGCGUGGAAGCACCAUCACUCUAACCUGUAUCACUGGCAGCAGUAAUCCUAGAGCAACCAUUUCCUGGAUGAAGGACGGACAGCAGUUAAAAGCCCAGGAUUUGGGGACAAAAUCAUCUUUAUAUGGUGGGAUGUCUACCUCCAGCCGUAUUACUUUCACAGCAUUAUCCAAAGACCAUGAGAAGCGCAUUGCCUGUGAAGCCUACAGCAGCAUUCUAGGAGAGGGGGUGAACACCUUUUACAAACUGAAUAUUCUGUUUCCACCGGAAUUCCCAGAUGAUAAGCCCAAGGUGGUCCAAGCUGUGGAGCAUGGGGCGGCCCUCAUCCCGGUGAACGUCAGGGCCAAUCCUGCUGUGACUACCUACACGUGGAGCCGCGGAGGGCGGAAACUGACUGGAGAGGGAGCGUACAGACACCACCUGCAGGGAGCGGGAAACCUGGAGAUUUGGAACGUGAGCCGUGCUGACUCCGGGGAAUACAAUGUAACCUGCGAGAAUAAAGAAGGAAACAGCAGCACCCUCAUGUGGCUGGACGUGCUGUAUGCCCCUUCUAUCCGCAGUAUCACUGACCCAACAGAGGUGGAUCUAGGAGAGACGGCGGAGAUCGUUUGUACGGCUGAUGCCAAUCCUGUGACGGACACAAUGUUUCAGUGGAAAUGGCUGGGAGAUGACGAGAGGACCCUGUCUGAUAUGGAACAUCAAGUUAGCGGACUAACUGGGCGUCUAAUUAUCCACCAAGCAAACAGGUCAGAUGCAGGGCGCUACGAGUGUAUGGUGGACAAUGGAAUCCCACCGCCCAUCAAGGCUGUCGCACGAUUGAUUGUCCGCUUUAAGCCAGAAAUCCAGAAAGGGGUGCACCUGAGCAAAGUAGCGGUGUCCGGUGAUGGGAAGAACGCCGUGGGUCUUGUGUGCAAAGCUGAAGGGAUCCCAAAUGUGGCUUUUAGUUGGGCUAAAAAUGGGGUGACUUUGGAUUACAAAAACCCCCGAUAUUCAGAGAAGACGCUGCAUGAAACGUGGAUUCACACCAGCACACUCGUCAUUGUUAAUGUCAGCGCCGUCCAUGAUUACGCUCUAUUCACGUGCACGGCGACCAACGCUCUUGGAGUGGACAGCUUCACCCUUCAGCUCGUCAGCACCAGUCGCCCAGACCCCCCUUUUGGUCUAAGAGUCCUUAGCUUCACACAUAACUCUGUGACCCUCGGGUGGAAUGCUGGGUUUGACGGGGGUGAAAAACAGCAAUUUCGAGUCAGGUACCGAUGGCCGGGAGCCGGAAGUUUCAUGUACGUUGAUGUAUUCCCACCUGAAGCUACGGUUUUCACCAUCACGGGGCUGAGAGGGAACACGACCUAUAACUUUUCUGUGAAUGCGGUCAAUGUUCUAGGAGACAGCGAUUAUGCGGACAGUGGGGCUAUCAUCAGCGUCACAACGCAAGAUGAUCACAGAGUGGUGAUUCUCACAGCCCCACCACCCGUCGCACUACCAGAAGCCCCCUCUUUGUUGCCGAUGCUUAUAGUGGCGGUGUGUGUUGGUGCAGCGGCCCUUCUGAUGUCUAACGUAGGACUUGUCUGUUGCCUGGUAAAAAAAUACCGACAGAAAAAACUAAAAGGAGACGGAGAAAAGAAAGAAGAGGGAGCAGCACAAAGCACACUAAAUGAGUAUGGAGACAGGGAGCUCAUCAACACUCAUGCAAAGAAGACAUUGCUGAUAGACAGUGGAUCGGAGACGGGAUCUAGUAUGUAUCAGGAGAGUACAUCUGAUUCUGGACUUUAUUACUACCCAGAAAGAGACUACUGGCCAACGCUUCCCCCUCACUACGAGACAGCAGAGCCCGAGGAUGCAGGGGGUCACACCUGGCCAGAUGGCGGCUAUGAAGGCUGGAUUGCGUCGUCUGAUGCACACGAAUAUGAAGAGGUCGGCCAGGAUUACCCACAAGUCCCCAGGUCCAAGUGGGCAUUUGGAGCCACGGCCAGCCAGAGGGAAGGGAUGCCAAGGGCAGAAUACCAAGGGCCAAGCCGAAUUUACGAUGAACCAGAUAUGGCCCGUGCUGCAGUGUAUGAGACUCAGUAUGGGGGUGAGGGACACUUAGUAUGACCCUCAUGGCAGCUCUGAUGGCUUUUAUCUCUCCAGCAAUUAGUCCACUAGUUCAAUAUUUCAAUGCUUACUGGGUCCGCAGAUAGAACAUUUCUAAAUAAACACUUUUUUACAACCCAAA